AUGGGGACUGCUUUUGAAACUGAAAUGGGUGUUCUUCCCGAGUUGUCGAAGGCCGUGCAAGAAAUGGACUGGAUUCUUCCCACAGAUAUUCAGAGUGAAGCAGUGCCUCUCAUUUUAGGCGGCGGUGACGUCCUCAUGGCUGCUGAAACCGGAAGUGGGAAAACUGGCGCUUUUUGUUUACCUGUGCUCCAAAUUGUCUACGAGACACUGAAAGAUCUGCAGUCAGGGAAGCAAGGGAAGCCCGUCCCCUCAGUCAGUGGAGGCCAAAAAGCCGUGAAACUCAACGCAUUCGAUCGGACCGAUGCGAUGGCCAUCGACGCCGAUGGUCUUCUUUGCCAGAGUCGCGAUCCUGGCGGUUGGCAUGGUGCUAGGACCAAUCGGGGCGUUCGAAAUUCCGGUCGUUACUACUACGAAGCCACGGUAACAGACGAGGGAUUAUGCCGUAUUGGUUGGUCCACCCUCCGUGCCUCCCAUGACGUGGGCACAGAUGCCGAAAGUUUUGGCUUUGGCGGCACUGGCAAGAUGUCGCAUCGCCGUCAGUUUGACACGUAUGGAGAGUCCUUUGGCAAGGGGGACACUAUUGGCUCCUUCCUCGAUUUGGAUCAUGGCACCAUUCACUGGUCCAAAAACGGCAGGGCAUUCUCUAAGGCCUACGACGUUCCAGGACCACUGCGUUCCACUGGUCUUUUUCCCUCUGUUUGUCUGAAAAAUGCCGAAUUGCGCUUCAAUUUUGGUGACUCUCCAUUUGUGCACCCUCCUCCCGCUGGUUGGAUGGCGGUCAGUUCGGCUUCUGGUUCCAAUGUUGCUGAGUCAACACUUACCGGGUCUACUGUUAGUACCCGAUCAACUCCAAAGCCUAAUGCACCAUUGGCCUUAAUUAUGGAGCCUUCUCGGGAAUUGGCUGAACAAACCUAUGAACAAAUCAAGAAAUUCAAGCGCUAUUUGAAAGAUCCGUGUCCACGAGAGUUGUUGAUCAUUGGUGGAGCCAAUGCCAAACAGCAGCUGGAUGCUUUGAGUAGCGGCGUGGAUAUCGUGGUGGCCACUCCUGGUCGCUUGGAUGAUCUUCUCUCAUCUGGGUCUCUGUCUCUGAGUAAUUGUCGCUUUUUCAUUUUGGACGAAUGCGAUGGGCUCCUGUCGGCGGGGUAUGGGGAUAUGAUCAGUAGGAUGCAUAGCAAGAUUCCGAAAGUUACUCCGGAUGGCAAUCGGCUACAGAUGGUCGUUUGUUCUGCCACACUGCACUCCUUCGAGGUGAAAAAGUUAGCUAACAAGCUUAUGCAUUUCCCUGUGUGGAUCGAUUUGAAAGGACAGGACAGCGUGCCGGAGACAGUGCACCACGUGGUCUGUCGCGUUGACCCCCACGCGGAUCAGUCAUGGAAAGGGAUGUUGCAGAGCAACCGGAAUCACAUUCAAACAGACGGGGUCCAUUUAAAGGAUGGAUGUCACCCAAACGAUCCGUCUGCAGAAACGUUGUCCGAGGCUGUGAAACUACUCAAGGGAGAAUACGUUUGCCGUGCAAUCCAGCAACAAAAGAUGGAUCGGGCUCUGAUAUUUUGCCGCACCAAGUUGGACUGUGAUAAUCUGGAGCAGUUUUUCAUUGCUCGAGGCGGAGGCCCGAACCGACGAGAAUCCAUGUUUAGCUGCGUGUGUCUUCACAGCGAUAGGAAUCCAGGCGAGCGGAAAGCAAAUUUGCAAAAGUUCAAAAACGGAGAUGUCCGCUUCCUCAUAUGCACUGAUGUCGCUGCGCGGGGUAUUGAUAUAGCUGGUCUGCCUUAUGUCAUUAACGUAACGCUUCCGGACGAGAAACAGAAUUAUGUCCAUCGAAUAGGUCGAGUCGGUCGCGCCGAGCGCAUGGGACUAGCGAUCAGUCUUGUCGCGACCGUUAAGGAAAAGGUCUGGUACCACUCGAAUUGUUCUACACGUGGACGUGGGUGUUACAACACCCGUUUGGUGGAACAAGGUGGUUGUUGCAUGUGGUACAAUGAGGCGAAUCUGUUGGGCGAAAUAGAAGAGCAUUUGGGCGUGACAAUUGAUACAGUGGACUCAAAUUUGCUCGUGCCCACUGAUGCAUUUGAUGGCAAAGUUGUCUAUGGACAGAAAAUGAAACAGCUGGGUCCGAAGUAUCAGAGUCACGUUGACGUCCUUGCUUCUGCUGUGAAGGAACUCAAUCGGUUGGAGAAAUCAGCCCAACAGAGUUAUCUCAAAUUGAAAUACGGUGCAGAGAUAACGUCUUAA